UAUUAGGUUGCUAUAAUUAAUCUGAUGUCAUAAUCUAUGGAGCGGAUUGGACUCAGGAUACAAGUCAGAAUAAAAGUUUAUUUACAGUGAAGUAGAGGCAAGGUUAGACAGUAGAUUUCCAAUUAGUGGAUCCAAAACAAGUCUACAGGCAAAACUCUCCUCAGGGCUUACUCUCUCUCUAACUCACUCAAAGGCAGGGCUGGAUUCCUGUGCAGACAAGAACAAACAGGUGAGGCAGUGUCACAGAGCAAACUUUCAGGAAGAAGAAGCCAACGACACUAACUGUUCCCAGUUUAACAAUCCAGUGCUGACUGAAAGUCCUACUUCAUCUUAACUAGCCAAGAAGCAAUCAGACGAUCACCAGAGCGUGCAGCCGACGGACUUCCUUUGACAGAGGCCCCAAGGACGCGCCCACUGCUGAGGGUGGUUACGUACCUGCGCACAGAGAGCUCAUACGACAAGAAGCAAAAUAUUCCGUCGUAAAACAUGGCGAGGUUAAGUGAGCAUGGGAUUCGCCUGAGUUCUAUGAGUCCUUCCUUUCUGAACAGCAACUCUACAAGCCAUACCUGGCCUUUCAGCGCUGUGGCAGAAUUAAUAGACAAUGCCUCAGAUCCCGGUGUGUCCGCUAAACAGAUCUGGAUUGAUGUAGUUAAUGAAGCUGAUCAUCUCUGUCUAACUUUCACCGAUAAUGGCAGCGGCAUGACCCCCAGCAAACUGCACAAGAUGCUCAGCUUUGGUUUUACAGAAAAGGGCUCAGGCAAGGCCAGUCAGCAGGCCAUCGGCGUCUAUGGGAAUGGCUUUAAGUCGGGCUCCAUGCGCUUGGGGCGUGACGCACUCAUCUUCACCAAGAACGGCGGCUGUCAGACUGUAGGAAUGCUGUCUCAGACAUACCUAGAAAACAUCAAAGCCCAGGCUGUCAUCGUCCCCAUUGUCCCCUUCAACCAGCAAACCAAGUCAUUGGUUGUGACUGAAGAUUCACAGGCCAGCCUGGCAGCUGUCCUCGAACACUCAAUCAUCAAGUCUCUGGAGCAGAUACACAAACACUUCGACUCCAUUCCCUCCAAGAAGGGCACCAAGAUAUUAAUCUGGAAUAUCCGCAGAGCCAAAGAUGGUAAGUCGGAGCUCGACUUUGAGACUGAUCCGAGUGACUUUCGUUUGCCUGAGAUUCAGAUUGAAGAGCUGAAGAAGGGGUUGAGGAAUAGCGGAUCCUUGAGAGCUGAGCAGAACAUCCCAGACAUGCAUUACAGUCUCAGGGCCUACCUCAGUAUCUUGUACCUGAAGCCGAGGACACAGAUCAUACUGAGGGGGAAGAAGAUCCUGGCCAAACUGGUAGCAAAGAGGCUGGCACACAUCGAGCAUGACGUCUACAAACCCCACUUCAGUAAAGACAAAGUGAAAGUGACCUUUGGGAUUAACCCAAAAAACAAGGACCACUAUGGGAUUAUGAUGUACCACAAGAACCGUCUCAUUAAGGCGUAUGAGAAAGUGGGCUGCCAGCUAAAGACUUCAGGUCAAAGGGCAGGCAUCGGAGUCAUUGGCGUCAUUGAGUGCAAUUUUCUGAAGCCUGCUCAUAACAAACAAGACUUUGAGUACACCAAAGAGUACAGACUCACCCUCGGUGCUUUGGGCCUGAAACUCAACGACUACUGGAAAGAGGUGACAGAGAAGAAGGCCAGAGAGCGAGAGUUUCAGGCUCUAGACAGAGAUGAGGAGGACGUUCAGAAGGAUGCCGACGAGGGUCCCAUGUGGUUACAGUGUGAAGAGUGUCUGAAGUGGCGAAGCAUCCCUGAAGGCUUUUACAAAAUUGCUCCUGAAAGCUGGACCUGCAGCCAGAACCCAAAUUCACGUUACAGAAGCUGCUCUUCACCAGAGGAAGCAGAAGAGAAUGAGGAGCUGUUAACACCAAGCUAUCAGAAAAGCCACAAGAAACUAGAGUAUUCCAGAGGCACAAAACGAAAAUCACUAGAGGUGUCUGAGUUACAGGAAAAAGUGUCUAAACGUCAAAUCCUCUUACGCAGUUCUUCUGAGCCCACCGCAGUGAAACAUGAUGAUACAAGUACAGAGCACCUUGCAGAUGAUUAUCAAAAUGACACAUGCACGAAUGACGAUGCGCAGUCACAGUCAGACACAGACACGCAAGACCCGUCUGCUGAAAGACACGCAGUCAUUAAAAAUAAGAAUGAAAUAAAUGAAGGAGAGAUGCCCGAGGAAAAGGAGAUAAGUGAUAUGAGGCCUGAAGAUGAAGACAGCGACAACACGAAAAGCACACAAAGGGAGACGUUGGAGAAAGAAGAGGAGCACUUAGACACUUUAAGCUUCAAAAGGAAGUCUGAUUCAUUAUGUUAUCGUGUCAAAAAGAAGCGGUACCUUUGGGAGAUUCACCAGCCUGACUCAGGAGAUACAGCAGAGGAGUCUCAUCCUGGGAAACAAAGAGAUACAUUCAAGACAUUGUCCCCAGAAAAAAAUAAAAAGGACUCCAGCAGCCGGGUAGAGUACUCAGACACAAACCCACCGCAAACCCACACCGGCAACACGUGGAUCCACUCGCCCUCCUCCACGCAGACUGUGAUGGUGUCGCCCCUGAGCCGAACAGAAGGACAGCAGAGCAGGUUGCUGCCACCAGAAGGGGGUAACCGGGAAGCUAAAAUGCAGAGGCUGGAUGCGUUGGAGAAAGAGGCCCAGAAGCUCCGGAGCCUUCUAGGCCUGGAAAUCAUCAAGACAACUCAAGGAACGAUGACAACUGCUGACAGCAACGCGGAAAAUCCAAAAGUGGGGCUGGUUAAACCGAUAGGAUGCAAAGAGGUCGGCUGUCAGACAGACAUAGCUGAGUGCUCCACUUCAUCCUCUGGCCUGACUACAGGACCUCAGGGGUUGAAAGCCCUGAGUGAUGCAAACAACCAGCCAGAGUUCAGCAGACCGAGGAAGGAGAAGACUGACAACCAGAGCAGGACGAGAGUCAGUGACACUGAGGCCUAUGAAGACAACAGAUCUGUACAGGAGAAUCUGCAUGACAUCCGUAACAACGUGGUGGUGCUUCUCACAGCCCUCCUCCCCCAGCUGGACCUGACUGGCAUCAGUUUGGAGACCGGUGAUGUAGACAACAUCCUGCAGCAGAUCAUAGAGGUCAACUCACUGAAGCUAUGAUCAGUACUAGGUCCAGCAGAAGUCUGUUAUUUGUUUUCCCAUGCAUACUUACA